AGCAAACUGUUAAGCAUAUAUAAGAUGGAUAGCAUUGCCAAAAAAUGGAGGCAUCUCAGCGGCGAGAACAACUGGGAGGACUUAUUGGAUCCUCUAGACAUUGAUCUUCGUCGUUACUUAAUUCACUAUGGUGAAAUGGCUCAAGCAACUGCUGACGCCUUCAUCUCUGAGAAGGUGUCUAGGUAUGCAGGAAGUAGCCGGUAUACAGAGAAGGAUUUCUUUUCCAAAGUGAGUAUAGACAAAGGCAAUCCAUUCAAGUAUCGGGUGACCAAAUAUUUCUACGCAACAUCAUCCGUUCAAGUCCCUGAGGCCUUCUUUAUAAAGUCGUUAUCAAGGGAGGCAUGGAGCAAGGAAUCAAAUUGGAUGGGGUAUGUCGCGGUGGCCACAGAUGAAGGGAAGGCUGCGUUAGGGAGGAGAGAUAUUGUGGUUGCUUGGAGAGGAACAAUUCAGGCCUUGGAAUGGGUUAAUGAUUUGGAAUUUCUUCUAGUCUCAGCUCCAAAAGUAUUUGGAAAGGAUAGUGACUCUAAGGUGCACCGAGGCUGGUACUCCAUUUACACUUCAGAUGAUCCAAGGUCACCGUUCAACAAGACAAGUGCAAGAGACCAGGUUCUUGGUGAGGUUAGGAGACUAGUGGAAGAAUAUAAGAAUGAAGAAAUCAGCAUAACUAUAGUGGGGCACAGCUUGGGUGCAGCGAUUGCAACACUAAACGCAGUUGAUAUAGUUUCCAAUGGGUUGAACAUGCCUAGAGAUCAACCAAACAAGGCCUGUCCUGUGACAGCCUUUGUAUAUGCCAGCCCUCGGGUUGGAGACUCGGGCUUCAAGAAGGUCUUCUCUGGACUGAACAAUCUACGAGUCUUGCGAGUCCAUAAUGCACUGGAUGUUGUUCCAAAAUAUCCAUUUAUAGGCUACUCAGAUGUGGGAGAAGAGUUGGCUAUUGAUACUACAAAGUCUAAAUAUCUGAAGAGUCCUGGAAAUGUCCAAAGUUGGCAUAACUUGGAGGCUUACAUGCAUGGGAUUGCAGGAACACAAGGGUCUAAGGGAGGAUUUGAAUUGGAAGUUAAUCGCGAUAUUGCGCUUGUUAACAAAGGAACGGAUGCUCUAAAGGAUGAGUAUUGCGUGCCAGUUUCGUGGUGGUGUGAGAAGAACAAGGGCAUGGUUCAGCAGACUGAUGGCUCUUGGAAGUUGAUGGAUCACGAGACAGAUGACUUUGCUCCUUGA